AUGGAUGUAGAUGGGUAUAAAUAUUUUAAUUUCUUCUUAUAUAUAAAAAUGUCUUUUAGGGUGGUUCGUAGUUCUAAAUUCCGCCACGUGUAUGGACAAGCCCUGAAAAGGGAGCAGUGUUAUGAUAACAUCAGAGUUUCCAAAAGUUCGUGGGACUCUACUUUUUGUGCCGUGAAUCCAAAAUUUUUGGCUAUCAUCGUAGAAUCCGCUGGUGGAGGUGCUUUCAUAGUUCUACCUCAUAAUAAGGUGGGGCGCAUUCCGGCUGACCACCCGCUGCGGCUCAGAGGACUGCGUCGUCAAGGUGUGGCAGAUCCCGGACGGCGGCAUAUCGCGCACCUCACCGAACCCGUCGUGGACCUGGUGUACCACCAGAGGCGAGUGGGCCUGGUGCUGUGGCAUCCCACCGCGCAGAACGUUCUUCUCACGGCGGGCUCCGACAAUCAGAUCGCGAUAUGGAACGUUGGCACGGGCGAGGUGCUCAUCAACCUGGAUUGCCAUCCGGACCUGAUAUACUCUGCCUGCUGGAACUGGACGGGCUCCAAGCUGCUCACCACCUGCCGCGAUAAGAAGAUCAGAAUAAUCGACCCGCGCAAGGGCGAAGUCGAGGCGGAGGCGAUUGCUCAUGAGGGCAGCAAAGCCUCCCGAGCCAUAUUCCUCAAGCACGGCCUGGUCUUCACCACGGGUUUCAGCCGCAUGUCGGAGCGGCAAUACACGCUUCGCACCCCGGACGCGCUCGCCGAGCCGAUCGUGACGGUCGAGAUCGACACCAGCAACGGCGUCAUGUUCCCGCUCUACGACCCGGACACCAACCUGGUCUACCUCUGCGGGAAGGGCGACUCCGUCAUACGCUACUUCGAGGUCACACCAGAGCCGCCGUUCGUGCACUACAUCAACACCUUCCAGACACCGGACCCGCAGAGAGGCAUUGGCAUGAUGCCGAAGCGAGGCUGUGACGUGGCCACCUGCGAAAUAGCCAAGUUCUAUCGCCUGAACAACUCCGGCUUGUGUCAAGUGAUAUCGAUGACGGUGCCCCGAAAGUCGGAGCUGUUCCAAGAGGACCUCUACCCUGACACGCUGAGCGACGAGGCCAGCCUCACCGCCGACGAGUGGCUGGCCGGCGAGGACGCCGAGCCAUGCACAAUGUCGCUCAAGGAGCGUGCGGUGGUGGUACAGGGCGGCUACGUGUCCGGCCGGGCGCAGCAGCUGACCGUCAACAAGAGGAGCAACGCGCUGGCGACCGGCCGCGACCGCGAGAGGGAGAAGGAGAGAGAGAAGGACAAGGACCGCUCGCCGACGCCCGCGCACAAGCGGGACGACAGCCAGGCCGGCACGCCCGCCUCGGCCACGCCCCCGCCCGCCGUCACCGCCGCCAUUGAGAAGCAGCUCUCGGACCUCGUCGAGGAGAUACGCAAGCUGAAAUCGGUGAUAGUGAAGCAGGAGAACCGCAUCAGGGCGCUGGAGGCGGCGGCGAAGGCGGCGAUACUGGCGCCACCGCAGCCCGAGCCCUCGCCGCAGCCCGAGCACAACCACGACACCCCCGCCCCGGAGACCAUGGCCCCCGAUGAGGUC